GAAGCACAUAUAUUCUAUGUUAAAAAAAGAGCCAGACUUUGAAUUUCAUAAAUUUCAUACUUCUAUAAUCUCUAAGAUUGCAGGUGAAAAGUGGCAUUCUGAAUCUGAAGAAAUAAAGUUAAAAUUUGAAAGACUUGCAGAUAUAGUGAAGAAAAAGUUACAAAGACGAAAUAAUAAGCAAAGUAAAUUAACUGACGAGCUUGUAUCAGCACUUCCUAAGUAUCAACCACAACUUCCUCAGCCAGAUUUAAACAACGCAAUUAAUAAUAAACAAAGUACUAAUAUUUUGUGGAGUUUAAACAAAGCUGAAUCACCAUUUCAUCAGCCAGAUUUAAUCUCACAACUUCCUAUGCCAGAUUUAAGCAAAACUCUAUCAUCACUACUUCCAACUCAACCAAAUUUCAACACAAUUACUAUAUAUGAUGAUCAACUUCUCUUUGAAGUUCUAAUUAAUUUAACAGGCACAUAUAGUUAUGAUUCUUUGGAUUUGAUCAAUUUUUAA